GCCGGUGAAAUCUUUUAAUUCACCGCCCCAUUUCCGUACCAUUAUUUAUUAUACUAGCCCUUUAUUGUUUGUCGGUUGCACCGAGCUACCAGGACAGAAUCUUACAAUACACCUUUCGCGACUCUACAUAAAGGCUUUCCGGAAAGCCUACACCUCACACAAUAGCGGGUCUCAAACCAUCCUCAUGGAAUUCAAGUCGAAAACAAACCCAUCGUUUCAUCGUUCGCAUACAAGAGGAUUUAAGACUUGAUACGAGCUCUACUGCUCUAUACUUAUAGGCAACCAACCCACCCGCAACGACAUCACCGUAUUGGCGCAACAUUUCCACCGAGCACACCACCGAGCACACCACCGAAAUGCAUGAUUUACGCAAGAAGAUAUUUGAGAGCGGCAAGACUGUCUCUAGAAAGGCGCGCUCGCGACAACAAUCAGCACAAGCUUCGCCAGCUAGUUCGCGCGCUGCCUCGCGAGCUGCGAGUCGCCAUGCGUCAGAGGAGGAAGAUUCAAGCGAUAAUGAAUACAACGAGAGCCUAGCUAGUUCUAUUAUCAUCUCUGAAGAUGGCGAGGAAUUGGGCUCAACGCCGGCGGCGGAAAUCUUACACAAUCGCAUCGUGGAUUUGCUGGAUCAGAAGCGUGACAGUGGCCAAGAUCGCGAAGAAAAGCUAACGGCAUAUACUGAACUAAUUCGACAUCAUCCCAGUUCCGAGGAAAUUGAUGCACAGAUGAAUGAGCUUAUUCCUAUGCUACUAAAGACUAUACGUGGCCGCAGAACUCCCCAUGGAGUGCUGUGGGCACUGAGAGCUCUUAUGAUAACCAUCCUUACGACUGGGGACGAGAGCAUUCAUGAUCGUGUCUUCCCAACAUUGAAGAGUGUCUCUCAGGAUACAAAUUAUGACGAUGAUGAUGAGUUGAUCAAAGUAGCUGCUAUCAAGACAAUGGGCGUCUCUACAAUGUGCGGCGGAGGGUCAGCAACCGAAGCCGAAGAACUUUUAGAGUUUCUUAUUGAGAUCAUUGAAAGUGAUGGCCACAUUAUAGAAGCUGGUGACAAUGGACCAGUUGUUGCCGCAGCACUAAAUACGUGGGGAUUUGUUGCCAGCGGCCUUGACGACCUCGAAGAGCAAAGUACGCAGGCUCUAGAAGCCUUUACGGAACAGCUCGAAAGCAGCGACGUAGAUGUCCAAGUCGCUGCUGGGUCGAAUAUUGCUUUGCUUAUGGAGGCUGCGCGUGAAUACGAGGAAGAGAGCGGCGAGACCUGGAACUUGCGCUUUGAUCAGGAUGGACUCCUUCGGCGAUUAAAUGCCCUCACUCGAGAGUCCUCGAAGGCUAUAUCUAAGAGGGAUAGAAGGCAGCUUCAUAAUAGUUUUAACAGUAUCGUGACCUCCCUUGAGCACGGCAAGGGCCCAGGAUACUCAACUGCGCGUCGCUUUGCAAGCAAUCCUCAUACGGGAGGCAACCGGGCAGACUUCAAUGACGACUAUCGGGAGUACGGUUAUCGGCAAAAAUUCCGAAUCCAGAACAUCACCAUCACCAUCGAUAGCUGGUCUUUGUCGGCCCGGUUAGAAAUGCUCAAGUCAGUUCUUGGGGGUGGUCUCGCCAAUCAUUAUCUGAAUAACUCGGUGAUAAGAGAUUUGCUGAGCGGUGCUAAGACUGAGUACCUCUCGUCACUACCAAAGGAUAAGAUAUCUCCAUCCAAAUCAGCAUUGAAGUCGGGUCACGGGAAGAAAGCCGCGAAGAAUGGUUUUGAUUAAGAAUUAUAAGACAUCCUGCGGAAGGAUCAUUUCUCUUCGCGGGAAGACUAGGACUUCUCACUAACGUAAUUCUUUUACACCAUUCGUUUUCUUCUGUUCGAGCAUUCAAAUUUUAUGGAUAUUCUUCUACUCGCGUUGGUUAUCAGAUACUAGCUCCAUGCGUUCCGGUAAUAUCGU